AUGGCUGGCGGCGCUGGUGGCAAGCAGCGUGCAAGGUUGGACUUCUGGAAGAAGGCCAGCCGUUUCGCCGUCUCCGAAGAGGACCGCGCCGUGGCUGAUGCGAAGGUGGCAGCCUUGGCCAAGGAGGUGCUGGAGUCCAAGCCGCCCGAGGCCCAGGCGCUCAGAAUCACUCAGCGCCUCACUGCUGCUAAGGCGACGGCGUUUCGCCUUGCCUCGGUGGCCGAGGCCAAGCAGCAAGAGGUGGAGGAGGCCAAGAAGGCCUUGGAGGAUGAGCGGGCUAAGGCUCUGGCGGAUGCGACGGCUGCGACAGCCAAGGAGCUUACUUCUGAAUUUAAGGCGUGGCUGGACGAGGUUCAGGGCUCCGAGGACUGGCGCCACUUGUUGGCCAUGCUGCAGGGCCAGGUCCGGCAGGCAUUCGUUGCACCAGCCAUGGCCAGGGAGGUGUUGCGGCUCGUCGAUGUCUUGGGGACGCUGUCAGAUGACGCAUUUGGGUCGGAGUUCCAAGAGGCUGGGCUGACGCUGGCAUUUGUGCAUCAAGUUGCGAUUGCUGGGGGAACAGAGUUUUUGGACGUGUUGAGCCGGAUCCAGGAGUGGGAGGCUUAUUGGCUGGAUGCUAAGUCUUCGAUUUCCCAGCUGCAGCGCAUCCAGGCGUCGGGGGCCAUCCUGGACCGGCCGCUUCAUUGUCUGCGGCUGGCAGCCGUCCGGUCCCUGUACAAGGACAAGGGGAGCACAGCCCUCGGGCUGAAACUCCGGAAGCCGUGGGUUCACGCCGCGUCGCCCGCGCACGUUGUCGCCCUGACCUUCCAGUACCUCGGCUGGCGGCCCUUGUCGUGUCGAUUGGUUCGCACCGCCAUGGGCCUGGACAUCGAUUUUCUGCAGAUUUCGCCGAUCCAGGUUCGUGAGCUUGCGAAGCAGGCUGCCCUCGACACCUCCGACGUGAAGGCGCUGUCUACGAGGUUCAGCUGCGGGGCGUUGGAUCCGACCGACGAGGAGCGCUCGGCCAUCCACAACAUCGACGAUUUGUUCGUGUGGCUUGGUCUUACGAGCACGGACGGCCCCGAGAAGGAGUCAGCCGUGCAGCUGCUGGGGAUCGAGCCAGGCGACCCCUUGCGCGACCUGGCGAACAUCCAGGAGUCCAACUUCAAUGCGUCGCUGGACUCGUGGGUAACUAAUUUCGACGCCGCCACAACCCACGCGGCUUCUCCUACCAACACAGGCAGGCUUCGCAACGCGUGGCGCAUUGCCGCGGUCAUGAGCGGCACCCAUAUCAGCGUCGCCCAGCAACAUCAGCUGUUCCAGCUCGACCUGGUCGUGGACCAGGCGCUCUCCAGGGAGGUAACCUCGCUGAGCGACAAAGAGAUCCAGGACUGCUUCGUGGAAUGCAAGAGGCGCAUGGGGGCCAUGCCGACGGAGGAGGAGGAGCCUGACGCAGAACAACUGAUAGGUGCGACGCACCUGCUGAGGUCCGGCGCGCCUCCGUGCGUGGACUUCCCGCUCUUCGGGCCGCGCCAGCUGCGGAGCCCCAGAAAGCUCAAGUUCAGCUGCCUCAUCUUGAGCGCCGAUGGCGUGUUCCAGUCCGUCGAGUUGCUGGGGCCGCCGACGCUCGAGGAUUGGGCGGCCGCGUGCCGCCUUCUGGGCGCGGGCCUCAUAAUGCUCAAGGCCGUCGCGCCCGCUCGCAUCCAGCGGUGCCAGCAGCGCAUCUUCGACGGCGCCUCUCGCCUCUCGUCCGCGGUCUGGUCCAUCAUGUGCCAGGCGGACGUGCGGAUGCACCACGGGCACGUGCAGGCCCCUCGGCGCCUCGCGCUCGAGCAGAAUGACGCGGGCCCCGUGGCCGCGGCCAACCGCGGUAUCACCGGGCGCAACGUUGGUGAGGGCGGCCUUCUCAAGGCGAGCCGGGGCAUCAAGUCCCAGUGCCGUUUGUUCCAGACGGGCGCGUGCGCCCAUGCGCUGCGCGGCGCGAUGGUCUGCGCCAGGGGCAACUCGAGCAUGCGCGAGUGCGGGGAGUGCUUCUCGCCAGGCGUCGGCGGGGUGCGCGUGCAGCUGUCGUUCGCUGGCUCGUGCAGGCAUGCCGAGCUCGCCCGGCGCGUCGACGAAUUCGGCGGGGAAGCCCGCGUGCCGGGCCGCUCGACCGACUCCGAUCUCCACGACGUCUCCGACCAGAACAUCUGCGAGGGCAUCGCGCGGGAGCUCGAGGGCGACGUCUACCGGGCGUCGGCGUGGGCACCUCCCCGCGCGACGUUCGUCACAGAGCUCGCCCUCCGGUCCGAGUCGGGCCCGGGGCGGUGCGGGCUCGGGGCGUCAGCCAGAAGGACAGGCGACGGUGCCGCUGGGCGGCGCGCCAUCGCCGUCGAGCUGGACGAGCUUUCCGAGGACGUCCUCCUCGGCGGGCCGCAGCGAGCCGCGGACUCGGUCAGAAAAGUGCCGAGCUUGGGCGCCGUCGGCGCGGAGGUGCGCGAGGCGCUAUCCGAGAUGUCCGACCGCCACCCCGACAUGGCCUCGGCUGCGCGCGAGGCGCUUGGCCAGGGGGGCGCGUCGCAGUGGCCCAGCGACGAGAUGGUCGAGUGGGCGCGUCGGCGUCUCGCGCAGGUCGUCAAGGCGGACGACGGCGAGUCAGUGGCUGACGGGCACCUCGCCACCAUCGUCCGCCCUGGUCUGCUGGGCGCAUGGCGUCGUGCUGCUGGCGAUCCUGACGACCGGCCGUCGUGGCGGUGCCGGGAGGGGGCGCCGACGGGCUUCUGGGAGGCCUCGCUGCCUCGCAGCGCGCUCCCGGCGGUCCUCGACGACGCCGAAGACCCGGGGGGCCUCGCCACCGAGGAGGGCUUCGGGAACCCCGCGGACGUCGAGGACGACGACGAGGCAGCCGAGCUGGUCGCUGAGCACGAGAAGAAGGGAUGCGUCGUGGGUUUCGCGACCCAGGUGAUCGAAGAGGAGCGCCUCGCCAAGAUCAGGUGGGGGAUCGCCUUCAACUGCCGCUGGGGCGGCCUGGCAGCAGCUUCGCAGGGAUCUGAAAGGGCCAUCCUCCCGCGGAUCUCCACGGUCGCAUUCGACUCGUUCGAGCUGUCCGUGCAGCCGGGGGGGCUUUUCUUCGCCGCCGAACUCCGCGGACGAUUGUUCGCCAUCCUGCGCGCCGCGCAGGGGUCGCGCGGGGCGCCCCUGCUGUGGGCGAUGGUUGCGGCUUUGGUUCGCUUCCUCACUCAGGGGGCCUUGGUCCUGGAUGUGGCUCUCCUGAGCUGUUGCGUGGACGACCCUGUCGUGGCCCUCGCGGGCGCGCCGCGUGAGAGAGCCUGCUGCGUGGCGCUGGUCGUCUACUGCUGGCUGUCUCUCGGCUUCCCCCUGAGCUUCGAAAAGGGGCUGUUUGGGGACAGCGUCGCGUGGGCCCCGAGCACCUUCCCCCGCCGGUCGGCGCAGGUGGCCGACUCGUGGGUCCCGCGGGCCCGCGUGGAGAUCAGGGUAAAAAUCAAGAAGGCCAUUGCGAUGGACGUCCUCGCCGCGUCGGGCGACAGCUUGCAGUCGAACGAUAGAAUAUGCGCGGCCAAGUGCGCCCGCGUCGCCUCCCUGGCGUGCGUUCUGACGCCGUUCCACUGGCACCUCCGGGCCGGGCACGGCGUCAUCGAGCGGGUCUUUGAUUCGGACGCUUCCCGCGGCGUCGGCCUCCAGAUCGACGCGGGCACCGACGCCGGCCCGUUGGGGCCGGGAGCGAUGCUCCUCGUCAGUGGUCGCGUCGACGAGUUCAUCGCCGACCCGCUGACGCAGUUAGACGUUGAGAAUUUCGGCUUGCCGAUUGGCGACGGGGAGGUGGCCACCAGCGCCGGGCAGAGCUCAACCUCCCUGGCGUCGUCAGCCAGCACCGAGAUGCUGGUCUGCUCGGACGCCUCGGAGGCGAACGGGCAGUCUGGGGAGUUCGCCACGGUUCCGUGCGUCAAGAACACGUUCUUGGAGCUCGUCUCAAGGGAGACCGCGCCGAGCGAGGCGUACCGAUCCCAGAGCUGCCCCGCCAUAUUCUGUAGGGGCACGGCUCAGGACUGGGGACGGCGGGAUGGGCGGCCAGCAGACCCCGCUGCUGCCAGAGUCGCAGGCGACCCAGCAGCACAGGCGGCGGCAGGCCGCCCGCUGGCCUACCCUGCCCUGCCGUCGGAGCACGAAGCGCGCACAUGCAGGCCUUGCGUCUUCUUCCACGCGCAGCGCUGCGCGAACGACCUGGCCUGCUCUUUCUGCCACCUGUGCGACGCGGGGGAGAUCAGGGGACAGACGAAAACGAGAGAGGCCCGGCGAGACCCAGUGGCAGACCAAGGUGAGGCGGGAAAGGCGGCGGAGGGCCAGGCGGGGCGAGCUCGAGCCGUGAGGUAUGGCGGCGCAUUUGGGUUCACAAGUGCAAGCUCGAUGGAGUUUCAGUGCUUUGCCCUUGGAUGGGCCCUCGGCCAGGCGUUCGGCAGGGGCUUCCUCGCCAUGCGCGUCGGAGAGUCGACCCUCGUCGGCUGCCUCGGCGUGCGCGUGCCGCUCGUCGUCCUGCUUCCGUGCUUCUGCCCACUUCUUCCGAGCGGCGGGCACUGGCCGACGACGUGGCAGUGGCAGUCCCCGCCUGCCGCGAGCGCAUCCGCCCACCACGGCUCGGUGAGCUGCGGCCUCGACGCCGAUGGCCGCGGGGAGAUCUCCACGGACCUCGGGGCCCGUCGGAGGCGCUCGCUGCUUUGGAGCGUGCGCAGCGCGAGUGCGAGGGCAAUGAAGAUGUGUCUGCAGAAGCCCAGCUUGCCAGAGUGCGGCAGGUGUAAGGUCGAGGUCGGCUCGCAGCGGCAGGACCCCGCACUGCACCCAGACGCGUUGAUUUGGGUCCUGCAGGCGGUGAGGCAGGCGAAGGCGAGCCUUGUGGCGGGGGCGAGGUCCACCGUCGCGGUGAAGGACGGCGCGUGGAUGUACGGAGACUACAUCCGGCUCGAGGGGGCCCACGACGUAACAUCGUGCCACCAGGCCUGCGAGGCCGACCCGCAGUGCUACCACUGGAACCUGCACGUGCUCCGCCACAGCUGCGACCUCAAGGGCAGCGACGGCUUCCACGACGAGAAGCACGACUGGGUCUCGGGAGACGCCUCCAGGUUCAAGGCGGCCGGCCCGGCCAGGACGGCCGAGCUGUGA